AUGCACGUCCGACCUGCCCGUGUCACAGAUCUGGCGGACCUGGCUACCAUCGGCAGAGACGCCAUGUUCGAUGAUGAGUUGACCGUGUUCCUAGCUCCCUAUCGUCAUCAACAUCCAGAAUGUCUCCGCCAGGGGUUUCUUAGACGUGUCAAAAAGCGAUUCUACGAUGGCCAUCUCGUCCUCGCUGCUGUGUCGGAUGAGAAUGACUUUUGGUGGGACGGCGAAGAGAAGGUGGUCGGCUACCUUUCUGCUACCUCUACUAGACAGCAAAAAGAGGAAGAGAUGGAGAAGAAAUCGUGGCUUCCUUUCUCUUGGAAGGCAUUCGAGCUUCAACUCCUACGUCUCGAGGAACUGUUCGAAUGGUAUACUCACGCCGAUAGAUCCAUCUCCAGACAUGCCUGGCUACAGUUUCAAAAUGGUGUCCAUGACAGAGGACCCCUCUCGGACAUCAAAGACUAUUGGGACGUGGACCAUCUAUCCGUCAACCCGGCUUAUCAUAGAAAAGGCAUCGGAUCUACCAUGGUCCAGUACAUGCAGAACGUCGCAUCGAAGGACAAUUUACCCAUCGUUCUUGUGGCAAGCAAGAAAGGUAGACCAAUGUAUAAAAGGUUAGGGUUCGUGGAUUGUGGUGCUUGUAAUAUGGGCGGCGGUCUGGUCGCCGAGGCAAUGGCAUGGUACCCCUCCACUCUGGCCAUCUCGCAUUCGGCUGGCGAGACCGAGGACGUGCAUUCUUGA